AUGAGCGACGCCAUCUUGAACGUAUUUCCAUUGGAGACAAGUAAAUGGGAGAGUAAACGUUUGCUUAUACACCCAAUGACUUGUAACAGCUACGUUCUGAAAUCAGCUGAGAGAAAAGGUACUCGCUUGGUCGACCACGGUCAAGCUACUUUCGAUUCAACAGUCGAAAUGAAGAUGGCUGCCGAGGUGAGGUGGCUUUUCAUUUUUCAUGUAUUUUCUGUAAUUUAUGCGGUCCUCGGUGAGAUACCCCAUCGGAAAUUCGAAUAUAAAUACUCAUUUAAGCCACCAUAUCUCGCACAAAAAGAUGGCAGUGUGCCUUUCUGGGAAUACGGAGGAAAUGCAAUUGCUAGUGCAGAAAAUGUUAGAGUUGCUCCAUCAUUGAGAAGCCAAAAAGGUGCUAUAUGGGUGAAGCAACCAGUUGCAUUUGAUUGGUGGGAGGUUGAGUUAAUAUUUAGAGUAACAGGAAGAGGAAGAAUUGGAGCAGAUGGUUUAGCAUUUUGGUAUACUAGGUCAAAGGGUGCUUAUAAUGGCACUGUUUUCGGUAGCUCUGACCAGUGGAAUGGUCUUGGAAUUUUCUUUGACUCCUUUGACAAUGACAAUAAACACAACAACCCCUAUAUCAUGGCAGUCCUCAAUGAUGGCACAAAAACUUUUGAUCACACAAAUGAUGGUACAACACAGCUAUCUACUGGUUGUUUGAGAGAUUUUCGUAAUAAACCAUUUGCUACAAGAGCAAAAAUUGAAUACUACCAGAAUACUUUAACAGUGUUAUUCCAUAAUGGUAUGACAAAUAAUGAACAAGAUUAUGAGAUGUGUUUCCGUGUUGAAAAUAUUGCUUUGCCAAAAGGAGGAUACUUUGGUGUUUCUGCUGCAACAGGUGGUUUGGCUGAUGAUCACGAUGUUUCACAUUUCUUAACACAUUCUUUGUAUCCUCCUGGUCAGUUAAGAUCAGAAGGGCAGAAAGUGUCUGUGGAAGAACAGGAAAAACUUAGCCAAGAAUAUCUGGAUUACCAGAAAAAGUUGGAUCAACAAAAAGAAGAAUACCGCAGGGAUCAUCCAAAUGAACAUCGCGAGAAAGAAGAAUUUGAGGAGUACUUUGAAACUGACAAUCAAAGAGAAUUGCGACAAAUCUUUUCCGGUCAAAGCCAAAUGUUUGAUGCAUUACGUGAGCUUAAUAGAAAAUUGGAUGAAAUAGUAGGAAGGCAAGAACGGUCUUUAAGCUUAAUAUCUCAACUUCAAGUUGGGGGUGUACCAUCAAGUGGGCAACCGGGACAACCAAUGCAGCUAAUUGAUACAAUACGCAGACAAGAAGUUGACACUAUAUUGGGUAAUCAGAAUGCUAUAUUGAAUACAGCAAGAGAAAUUAAGUCCUAUGUAAAUGAAGUAUAUACCAAGAGUGACACCAUUCUUAAUAAUCAGGCUCGAGCACCAACUGCUCAGGUACAGCCAAUGGGAUAUGAUUAUCAGUCACUUAUUUCCGAAAUGCGGGACGGACUUAACGCAGUGAAGCGAGAUGUUGGACAUGUAGCUACUAAAUUAAAUACCGGAGGGACAGAUUGUCCAACAACAAAUUGUUUAACAACAACCAUGUUCUUAAUUUUUGUGGCAAUUCAAAUGGUUAUUUUACUAGCGUACAGCACGUAUCGAGACAAUAAAGAAGCACAGGCGAAGAAAUUAUACUAAUAUUUGUUUUCGAUCCUACAGUGCGAGAGUAAAGGUACAGAUAAAUAAAUUUCUACCUUUGCGUACUUACACAAUAUUUUUAUCACUUGUUAAUCGUAUUCGUAAAGUAUGCAUUUUUUCUGAACAUUUGUACAAUAAAUACGUUCUUCAUCCACGAUAGACCUAACGUAACGUGAUAGGGAGCGGUCAGUCCUCCUCAGUCACGAUAAAAUUGAUUAUGCUCAGCUUGGUAUAAUUCAAUUGUUUUUAACAUGUCUCUCAACGCGUGAUAUUUCUCGCCAUUGUAAACCAUAGACAUAAAU